AUGGCCGACAAGAACCAUCCCAACAUUGUGAAGCUCCUUGGCUUUGCGAUCGGAGGAGACUUGAGGACACAGCCAGAGCAAGUUCUCAUCUAUGAAUGCGUGCCCAACGGUGAUCUCAACAAAUGGAUCGGUCUAAGUGAGGCAGUGGUGUCCACAGGUGAGGCAGUGGUGUCCACAGGUGAGGCAGUGGUGUCUACAGGUGAAGCAGUGGUGUGUACAGGUCAGGCAGUGGUGUAUACAGCCACACUGCAGCCAGUGAUGUCUAAAGAUAGGGCAGUCCAUGAGGUCUACAGCUUUGGAGUGCUCAUGCUGGUGGUCCUCACAGGACAGGCACCACUCUUGGAGACUGAUGGAGAGAGUCGCCAGAUCACUCCGCGGGCAAGCACCUCAUUGUCUAAGACCAGCGCCUACCCCUGGAUUGCAUCUGAGUGCCUGUCCUCGGGGGACAUGGGAAGCCUCAAAGACCCCACCAUGGACGCCCCUGCAGAUGGUGUGCUGCGUGUGGCUCAGCUCGCCCUCUCCUGCACCGUGGAGCGCACUGCAGCCCGCCCAAGCAUGGCACAUGUCGCCAACGAGCUGCAGGCCAUCCGGGAGGAGUGGGUGGGGAAAGAGGAGCUCAGCGUGGCUGUCAAGGUGGAUACACAGGUGCAGGAGAUGAAGGAUGUUGUCGGCCUGAACAGCCUCGACACCGAACUUCAGAUGAUUGAAGACAACUUGGGUGAAAGUUACGAGUUAAAGUUUUAA